AACAUACAGUUUUUGCAUUGUACCUAGUAAAAGUGUUACUGUAUAAUUGACAAAUUAGUUGCUUGUAAAUGUUAUUGGCUAAAUUAUGAUGUUUGUCAUUUUAUUAUUUGAUAACCCCAAUCUUAAAUUCAAUUUGGUUAAAAAUGAUGGUAUUAGGCUUUGUUGAGCAGUGUUAAGUUAGAUGAGAACAAACUGACAUUUACCUACAAUUUCUGUGAUGAAAAUGCCUGUUUAGUGAUUUAACUCUGGCCUCUUCUAUGUGCCUUACUACAUAAAUCUAAAGUAUCAGCAACCUGUUUUAAUCUAAGUUUGGUUAAACAUUGAAGAAAAAGUAGGCGACUAACUAGAUUGCACCACUGCUCUACGAUGAUGGUGCCCUCUCAAUUUUUGAGCGUUGUCCUUGAGGAAGAUGAUGGAAAUGCGUCUGAUGAGGAUAGAAAUGCCUACAAUCAUCGUCCCGUUUGGCAAAACCAAUAUUCUGUUCAUAGCAAUAACACUAUCACUGAGAGCGAGAUGUGGAAUUUAACGAAGAACCUUCCUAAAGCAUUGCUUGCGGAAUGCACUGUAGAAAUUUCAAGAACACCUGCCACUCAAAGUGAAAAAAUUAGAAAACCGUGCUUCGAUGCAAAAGUGACACCGGUGUUCACCAGACCUGAGCCUCCUCCCCUUGUUCCUGUCAGGAUCAAUCCUGCAAUACAGCAGUUUUUACCUCCUCCUCCACAGUUGCUGCACAGAUCCGAAUGGCUGGAAGAGAGGAUGGAUAUACAAGAUCUUCUGUCAGGCGUAGAAGCUGUCUACUCCGACCAUGAAUCAGACGGGGAAACUGAAGAGGCAGCCUCUGUCAGUAUAUUCCCCAUUUCGGUAGCCAAGGUAGAAAAAACAAAGCCAGAAAGAGUAAAAAAGCAAGAUAUAAAUAAGUUUAGUUAUCCCUGCGAACAUUGUCCAAAUGUUUACUCCAACAGGGGCGCUCUCUGGCAACACUCUGUCGCAACUCAUUCAGUAGAGAAGACGUGCGAGUGUAAAAUCUGCGGAAGAAAGUUCUACCGCAACUGCAGUCUCGCGUUGCAUCUGAAGAGCCAUUCAGAGGAGGAGUAUUGCCAGUGUAAGGAGUGCGGAAAGUCUUUCAACCGACUUGCUAAUCUAGAGAGACACAUGAGAGUGCACGCAGAAGCCAAGACAUAUCCUUGUCCUCACUGUGACAAGAUAUUUAGAGACGAGACAAACCUACUUCGGCACACAGUGACACACAGCAUGCCACGGCAGUUCCAGUGCGACAUUUGCAACAAGGGAUUCAAGAGUCAAGAGAGUCUAGACGUGCAUCAACAGUCGAGUCAUGCAAACCACGACCCUACUCUAGCACUGGAGAAGCACCUGUGUAAGGUGUGUGGUGCCGGCUUCCCAGACAAGAACUCAUACAAGGCACACAUGGCGACCCACACGCAGACAGGAGAGAGACUCAGCUGCACACUGUGUGGAAUAGACUUUACGCAGAAGUCUUCUCUGUUGAGGCAUGUGAAGAGAAUGCACCAAGGCGAGGGCUGCGAUCCGUCUCUGUUGGAUGAGAAAGCCUCGAGUGUUGACUCUUCGGAGAGCGGAUCUGUACAAGAGGACGAGGACAUGGAAAACGAGUCGAAAACUGUGGAAAUCAGAAAAGUACUCGGAUCUCCGGUCAAGUCUGCUCAACCGAUCAAUAUCCAUGAAACUCCUCGUACAGCUAAAGUACAGAGUCUUGAGAUAAGCUUGGUGUCUGUGACGAAUAACAAUAUACCCAACAGUAAACCGAACGGAGUGUGCAACGGACGAGAAGAGCUCACUAUUACGAUGGAAGAAGUUGAGAACGGCGUGCAAAAUGAUGAAACUGAUUCUCAAGUAGAAAAUGAGGAACAAAACGAAGCAUCUGAUGUCGAUACUGACUGCAACGAAGAGUCAUCUCAAAAUGUUGACACAAAAUCUUCGAAAAUGGAAACGAAUGACCCUCUCUCAUCAGUCGACAUAAACACAAUGCAUACAUCGGCAUUGAAGCUGGAAUCUUAACUAAGGGUGGGAGAUAGAAUAGCUAAGCUUUUGAGGUUUUUCCUUCGUAGUAAAAGUUUAACAUUUUUAUACUAAGAAAAACACACUCAUGGCGAGAGCCAUGUAAAUUAAUCCACUUCAUUGCACAAGUCACUACUUGAAAGUCCUUGUUGGUAAACAUGUGGAAGUAAAAAGAGGCCUUACAGUAAGUUUAGUCUUAAGUAAGUAUUUAUAAUUUACAGACUUAUCAUGACAAACUAGAAGUAUAUGGAGCAGAUUUUAUUUUUAUCAUAUACUAUUGUGGUUUAUACAUAUUUAUUUAUUUAAAACAAUUUUAGCUCUAAGUUUUUUUACAGUAGUACACUACUACUGAUCUCCCUUCCCAAAAAUGUUUAGCCUAAUAUUUAUUUUUUAAUGAUAAUGAAGUUAAACUUGCCUUGAGAAACAAAUUGAAUGUGUGAUUUUUGUGCCUACUAUGGAUUCAUUAUUCACAAGUAUCAUAAUUUUGGAUGUUAUAUCAUUAUGGUUUGAUAAAAGAGCUGCAGUAUUGUCUAAAAAUCCAUUUUUAUCUUCAUUUUGAUAGAGGCCUAGCCAGUGGCGGGUCCAGAGGGGGGGCGAAGGGGGCGACCAUCCCAAAUUCGGGCAAAUAUUUUUUUACUACAUGUAAUGUCAAAAUUUUGCCGCGAUCUGCAAAGAUGAUGGUGAUGUUCCGUUACUGCGGGAGUUAUUCAGGGUUUUGCCGUGACCACGAGAGACAAUGACAAUGUCCACACGACCACAGGAAAUAAACAAAAUUUGGAGAUCCGCCACUGGGCCUAGCCCUAUUUUCUAUCUUGCAAGGAGAAAACAUAAAAUCCAGUUAUUGUAUGUUAUAAACGUAGACCAGUAUUACUUAUGUGUAUGUAAUUAAAUCAGCUUUAAUCUGCAUAAAAUGCAAUGUAAUUUAUACUUAAAACAUUUAGGCUUGAAUAAGA